GUUGGAGCGGUUAGUUAAAGCCCUUUGUAGCUCAGCAUGAGUCAUUUCCUGUGGUCGCUGUGUCUUGUUGCUGCUGUCAGGAUAGAAGUGUGUCUGCAGGUGUCUGAAUCUGUAAACAGUUGAGGGAGAUGGCUGCAAAUGGAGCAGAGUGUGAACAGCCACAGAAGAGACUGGGAUCUAAAGACAAGCAGAAUGGCAGUUCCAUAGAUUCAUCGUUGAGAGAGAGAAAACAACAGGACAGAGAAGAGCGUCUCUCUGUAGUGCUAUGGAAGCGGCCCUUUAUUACACUACAGUAUUUCUUCCUAGAAACCCUCAUUACCCUAAAAGAAUGGACGUGGAAGCUUUGGAGGAGAAGAGUUGUGGUAUUUUUGACCCUAGUCCUUUUUUCACUUUUAGCAAUGUCUUACUCAAUAGAGGGAGCACAUCAGACGUAUAUUCAACACCUGGAAAAGAAGUUACUGUGGUGUGCCUACUGGGUAGGCCUGGGUAUUUUGUCUUCGGUUGGUCUUGGUACUGGACUUCAUACAUUCCUUCUGUACCUGGGUCCACACAUAGCUUCUGUCACUCUGGCUGCAUAUGAAUGCGGUUCUGUGAACUUCCCUGAGCCACCGUACCCGGCUCAGAUAGUGUGCCCAGAGGAUGAGGCCCUACAGGAGAGCAUCACACUGUGGACCAUCAUGUCGAAGGUUCGCCUGGAGGCCUGCAUGUGGGGCGCAGGGACAGCUAUCGGAGAGCUGCCUCCUUACUUCAUGGCACGAGCGGCUCGGCUGUCCGGUGCGGAUCCCGAUGAUGAAGAUUAUGAGGAAUUUGAGGAGAUGCUGGAGCAGGCACAAAGCGCACAGGAUUUCGCAUCAAGAGCAAAACUGGCAGUGCAAAAUAUGGUCCAAAAUGUGGGAUUUUUUGGAAUUCUCGCCUGCGCCUCAAUCCCAAAUCCCCUGUUUGACCUGGCCGGAAUCACUUGUGGUCAUUUCCUGAUUCCCUUUUGGACCUUCUUCGGUGCAACUCUCAUCGGGAAGGCUGUUAUUAAGAUGCACAUUCAGAAACUGUUUGUUAUCAUAACAUUCAGCAGGCACAUAGUGGAGCAGAUGGUUUCUCUGAUCGGUGCUAUACCUGGAGUCGGAGCAUCUCUUCAGAAACCUUUUAGCGAGUACUUGGAGGCUCAGAGAGCCAAGCUUCAUAACCCAGCGGGCGACAGCAGUGCAGCGGGUGAAAGCUGGCUUUCGUGGGUCUUUGAGAAAGUGGUGCUUGUCAUGGUGUUCUAUUUUAUAUUGUCCAUCGUUAAUUCCAUGGCACAGAGCUAUGCCAAGCGCCUCCAGCAGAAGAAGUACUCGGAGGAAAAAACGAAAUGACGGACUCACGCAAAAACAUCUCAUGCUUUCAUUUCGGAACGAACAAAAUAUUCAAGCUAACUAGCACUAAGCUUUAUGCGUGCUCCUGUAUGUUUUUUAAGUUCCAUUUUAGUUCUGUGAUGUUUUUUCAUUUGUCUGUAGCGUGCUCGCUAUUUAAAAUCAGAUUUAACGUUAGAGAAUUUCGAUCUUUACAGAAACAAAGCAGUCUAGCUAAUUAGGCUGUGUGGAGUCAUAUUUGUUGCAACGUCUUAUGCAACAUCGGAGGUCAUGCUUCCAUUGAAGUGAAUACAGUUCUUAAUCAAUAGAUUGAUUUAUUUAAUUUCUAACGUACAGGUGUGGAUGGGCAGAGACGGUUGAGUGAUUGGACUUUUCAGGGAUAGUGUUUUUUUAAUCAAUAUGAUGUCAUUUUGUAUUUCUUUAACUGUUCUAAGAGGAUAGCAAUAUCAAUUCAUGGUUUCUAAUAGUUUGCACAUCUUGUAAAUAAUACUCGUUUCGACUUUGUGCACAUGUUGUUUAUUCUACUGAUGAACCUAAACCAAAAUGUUGCAACUAGUGGAUGUAACUUUUACCCCGAGGAAAAUGAAUAACUGAUCUUGCAUUUUAAGCGCAUUUCAACUUUUGAUCUAAAACCAUUAAGUGAUCCACACUUUUUCUUACUUUGGGCUGUAACUAUAAUUUCUCUUAGAACUAUUGUUGCGUAACUUCUGUUUGACAUUAAAUUGAUUAAUACA